CGUACCCCUCGCUCUCUCUCUCUCUCUCUCUCUCUCUCUCUCUCUCUCUCUCUCUCUCUUGAUUUUGAAGGAAAGUGAACACACUCUGAGAUAAAGUUGUUGCAAGAUCAACUGGUUCUCGAGGGCUAGCUAGCUUUACUCUGGCCAUGGGUUCUAUGAGCAAUCCCUGGUCGCCAUACGAGACUUACAAAGACUGUUCUCAAGGAAUUUGCAGCGUAUACUGCCCGCAAUGGUGCUACAUAAUUUUCCCUCCUCCCCCCCCUUUCGGUCUCGAAGAUGCCGGCGAUCAUCCAGGCCUCCAAUUCUCCCCUCUCAUAGUAGCAGUCAUAGGCAUCCUGGCAAGCGCCUUCGUCUUGGUAUGCUAUUACACCGUCAUCUCAAAAUACUGCCGCCGGAGAAGCGACAGCGACGCAGCCAUGGAACUCAGCGGAAACCGCGGUCUUGUAGAUAACGAAUCGUCGCAAGCUUCUUCAAGAGGAUUGGAUGAAGCCCUUAUCAAGUCCAUCAAAGUCUGCAAGUACAAGAAAGGCGAGGGGUUGGUUGAAGGCACCGACUGCUCUGUUUGCCUGAGUGAAUUUCAAGAAAACGAGAGCCUUAGGCUUUUGCCGAAAUGCAACCAUGCUUUUCAUCUCCCUUGCAUCGAUACCUGGCUGAAAUCUCAAUCAAGCUGCCCUCUUUGCCGCUCCAAUAUUUCUCUGCCUCCUCCAAUAUCUCCUCCUGUCCAAGAAAUUAGUAGUAGUACUCCUCAAACAUCUGCUCUCCAACACCAGCAAGGGAACGAUGCUGUUCUAGAGGUACGAGAAUCAGAAGAAGAGGCUGUUGUGAGCAGCAUUGAAAGCCAUGAUCAUGUUGUUCCAAAAGCUUCUGAAACAAGAGACAACGUUGUUGAAAUCAGACAAGAAGGAUCGGUUGAGCCAUUUAGGAGGAGUCCUUCUAUGAAUCAUUCUGUUUGUGAUCAAGGCCAUGAUGGUGAAUGUCGAAUGGAGAUCUUGGAUAUUGGAACAUUUCAAGAAAAUGGUUGCAGUGGAAAUAACAGAGGCGGAGUUAAGAGUAGUAAUUCUCCGGCAAUGACGAUCGAGGUCGAUUUCCACGGGGGGAUUCAUGUUCACGAGGUAUGAUGGAAAAGGAAACAAUUCAGAUGUCUAAUGCCUGACCACAGCUUUCUUUUUUUCUGUACAAUAUUAGAGAUCGAUGUAUACCAAAAGAAGAUCCUUGAUAUAAUUUGACAAACAACAUAAACUUGCACUUUGGUCGAUGAAA